AUGCGAAGACUUUCAAGAACAUUUUCUACUACAAUAACUUGGAAUGGUCAAGAAAGUAAUCUUGAUGAAAUAUAUUAUAAAGCAAUAAAAAUGAACACUAACACAAGUAGUUCUGAGAUUAAUAUAUAUACGUUUACUGAACAAAUGAAAAAGAAAAAUAUUACUAUAUUUAAUGAAAUGCCAUUAAUACAAUUCUACAAAGUUGAACAAGUAAAAUGGGCAAUACAUAAAUUAGACAUAAAAAAGAGAACAAUCUUUAAAGAGUUAGUAAAGUAUAUUAAUAACUUUAAAUUACCAGAAUCUAUAUUUGAUGGUAUUUUAGUCAAUAAACCUGAUAGGAAUAGUAUAAGACUAUUAGAGUGUGUAUUAAAAAACCCAGAAUUAUUUGAAAAUGAAGGAAAGUUUUAUCCUCAUUUUAAUAACUUAGGAGAGGUAAUUGCUAUUCCUCCAUUAACUGCUUUACAAUGUUUAUUUAGUAAGUCGUUAGUAAGUCAUGAAUUUACUCUAUCAACCUUAUUUAUUGUUAGAGAAGUUAUUUCUGAUAAAGAUUUAAUAACAAUGUUAAAUACUGAAUUAAAAAAUAACAAUACAGAAAAUACUCUUUUUAUCAAAGACAGUAUAUAUCAAAUUGCUAAUUAUUGGAUUGAAAUAUAUUCAAAAGUAAUGAAAAGUGAUGACCUUCAAAGUCUUAAAAAUUUCUCAGACGGAAUAAGUACUGAUGAAAUACAUAUUGACAAAGAAAGAAAAAAAGGUACAAAAACCAUUGUUGAUGCUAAACCAAAAUUAAUUAAAGGGCAAUCAUUAAUGAGUCUUAGUAUUCCUAAUCAACAACUAGAAUUAUCUGAUGCAUCAAGUAAUUGUUCAGUACAAUCUCCAAAUCCAGAACCUGAAUUUAAAAGUACUGAAGUAGGAACAGAAGAUACACCUACUUCUGAUGAAAGUGAGAAUAAAACUGAUGUAACAAAUGAAAUAUUUUCUUUAACAGAAAGUCAGAAACAACCGAAAGUAAGAACAGACUUUUAUAGGUUUAUAGAUAUCAAAAUAUCAAAAAUUGCAGAACAAUUUUUUGUUUAUGACGUAAAAUUAAUCAAAGAAUUAACGAUGGGAGACGUCAUUCUUCAAACAAAAUCAUUUACAAAUUACUUAUCAAGAAUAAAUGCAAUUGAUAGAAUGGUAAAUUCAUUCAUUGAUAAAGAGAGAAAUCCACAAGUUUUUUCAUAUUUUAUAAAAGUUGCAAGACAUUGUUUAAAAAUUGGUGAAUAUAAUAUUUCUUAUAUUAUUUCCUGUUCUUUAAAAAAUAAAAGUACUACAUAUAAACAGGCAUUUGAAAAGAAUUCAGCUCUUACAAAAUAUAAAGAUCUUGAAGAAAUAUUUCCACUUCAUAAUCUUGAACCUUAUAAAGAAAAGUUUAGAAAAUGUAAAUGUGCAAAAAUUCCUAUAAUGCAGUCUCAUGUCUCUGCUUAUAUCGAUAGAGCUAAUGUAUUCAAAUUAAAAGAUAUUGAUGAUGAAAAAUUACUUAGUACUAACUUUGUUCAAAAAUUAAAUUCAUUAAGUCUUCCACUGAUGUCUAUUUAUACUGCUCUUAGAUAUGUUCUUCAAUACAAACCAAUAGAAUCAGUUCAAGAAUAUUUUAAACAUCUUAAUUUUUAA